AUGCUGCUCCUCUGUCUGCUCGCCUCUCUCCCGAUUUGUAUUGUUGCCCAUGAAGAGGAGUGCUCGGCGGCCCUGCAAGUUCCGAGGGCUUCCACCACCACGACGACCACGGAAAAGCAACAACAUGCCUUUCAGAUAGCUACAGCCAGCGAGAAGAUCGGCGAGCCAUUCACAGCAAAGGAUGUGGCUGAAGCCUUAGCGACGGCAACGCAACAUCUGCAAAGGCAACAUGUCUUGAAGUUGAACGACACGUGUGGAGAGUGCCCGGUGCCUGACACGCGCACGGAGUGCUGUGUCGUGUGGAUCCAAGAUGGAGUAGAAAAGAAGCCGGAAAGACUUGAGCUGGUGGGCGAGAUGAAGAAAGUAAUUGAGCUCAGAGUUACGUUGCAUCAUGAGGAGGGCUUUGACGCGGACCUGCUGCGCUGGGUACGCACACUACAUUUUGAUAGUGCCGACGAUCGCUACCAGUUCUUGAACAAGCUCAGAAGGGAUGGGAUCUUCGAACAGAGCCAGCUCAUGUCAUUGAAUCCUUUUCUGAUGCCGACAGCAAAAGACGUGCAGCUGACCUCUCGCUUGCAGCAGAAGGCAUGGAUUGAGCAAGGGAAGAAGCAAUCCAGCAAGGAAGGCGAGAAAGCGAGGAAGGAGGAACUCAGCAAGAAGCUGCAGGAACUCGAGUCGAAGAACAAGGACACCAGGGAGCAGAUGAAGGCCUUCUACGAAGCAGCACGCUCCGAAGCUAAGGCAAGCCGAGCAGGACUAGAAGAAGAGGCAAAGAAGAUGCAGCAAGAGAUGGCCCAGAGGCUCGAGAAGCUGCAGCUGGAUGCAUCCGACACAAGCAUGGAAGACAUCCGGAAACAGAUGUCCCAACUCACGGAGACUUCUGGCUACUUGGGUGGAAUGAGCUUGCCGAUGGUGGGACUGUUGCAUCACAUGGGUGUCUUUCGAGGAGUUGACCUCCUUGCGGACGAAAUGGCGUUAGGCCAGCACUCCCAGGUGGUGUCCCUGUCUCCUGAGCUGGCUAGCAUGGAUGAUGAGCAGCUGCAACGAGCACUGCAGGUCGCACCGGACAUUGCCAUGGAGUUCACAGUUGAAACGGAGUUCGCCUCCGACAUGCAAAAAGUUUCCACGAGGCUGGAAGCUUUUGGUACAAGCUCCUUUACCUCGAAGAGCUGGCAGCAUUCGAUCUCAGCAGGUGGUGGGAUGCCUCUGAUCUUUUCGGUCAAUACCAAUGGCCAUUGGUCGGGUACAGAGUCGAAGGGCGAUGCUACAGAAAACAAAAGCGAGCAUGGGCAUCAGGAGCGGGACAAGGUGAAAUCGCGUCAGAAAAUGAAGUGCUACGAAGAGCCCAAAGCUCGAAUUAAUCUUGAUCACUUCAUGCUGGUGCCUUCCAGGAGCUUCAGCACGGCUGUUGCUGCCAUCAGUCAGGAGUUGUGCCGGUCUGAAAGCACAAACUGUUCCAACUUCGAUAGGAUACAGGAGCUCCUCUGGACUUAUGGCUCGCAUGUCUGCCCUCAAGUGGUCCUGGGUGGGCGCUGGACGAUCACGGCCGUCUAUACGAGCAGAGAGGCAACAGACAAGGAUGAUGUCUCAGAAAUGCUGAGCACGGCCAUUGAUAAGGUUUCGGCACAUUCUCGUGGCGGUGGUGUCGGUGCAUCUGCGAUUUUCGAGGCUUUCCAGCUGGGUGGAGGCUAUUCAGGCGAGCAUCAGGAUGGGAACUCCUCGCACAAUCACAGUUCAAGUGGCUCGCGGAAGCUCGAGCAGGAGGCAGCCAGCCAGUCGCACAUCAGAGUGGAGCAGGUGUGGACUGGCGGUUCUUCGGGCUUGGGUCCCGACGGCUGGCGCCAGAGCUUGGACUCGGUGAAGAACUCAAACUGGAAGGUGAUUGACCGAACCCUGGCGCGCUGCUUCGGAAUUUGGACCUGGGUGGACGACAUACCGACGAGCGAGGCCAUCUGCCAACAAUGGGUGGCCCAGCUCGGGCAGAUGUACAGCUCGGACGUGAAAGGGGCCAUUGAGACGGCUGCCCUUUCCAUGCCCGACUUUCCCGCCAAGGAGGUGUGUCAGCACACGCAGAAGAUGAGAGACUUCACAGAUAAGGAGCUUCUACGCUCUUGGCUUUCUGGAGUGCAAGCAAGCCGCAUGGGCCUGGAGUCGGCAGUAUCCUCGACGCAUCCGAAAUGGCUCGCACCCAUUCGGGUGCAGUGUGAGGACAACUGGAAAGACGUGCGUCUCGCUUCCGACAAGAAGUGGUGCAUCGAUCUACACAACGGCGCAAACAUGGUGCGGCCAAGUGAUAGAUUCGAGGCCUUUCUCCUGUCCAUGCACCCAUGGAGGCGGGGUCCAGGAGAUGCGCUGCAAGCGGUGGCGGAAACGCUGAAGCUCCCGUCCGCACAGGUUAGCAAAGUGCAGCCAAAGGAGGGCCUCUGGAAGGAGGUGGAUGCCAAGCUGGCGAACGAGGCUUCCGAUGAGGCAUACGACGUGGCGACAGCUGCCCUGGCAAAGGCUCAGCAGAGUCCUCACUUGUCUUCACUCACAGCCGCAACUGGAUCCCAACAGCCUCACACAACCAUGCCGCGUUUCUCCACUGCGGCAAUGGGGCCUGCGCGACAACGAAGUCCUCGUCCCCUACGACUGGUUGCAGCAGUGGCCGGCACUCUCCUGGCUCUUUACCUUGGGCUUCCAGGUUCCAAGCAUUUGAAGGCAGCCUUCCUCGGCUCACCGGGGGACUCGGCGAUGGUGCGCACCAAAGAGGGCGUUCUUGCUCCGGGGCCGAGUCGAAGAGAGGGCCUUGCUGGCCUCGCCACCUCCCUGGCACUCCCUUUGGCCGGGGUGCCCGAACCCGUCCGUGCGGAGGAGGCGCCUCCUCCCCGCGUUUGGCAGAUGAAGUUGCCAGAAGGCUGGCAAGUCUUCCAAAAGUUCUCGGUGCCACCAGUCACAGAGACGAGGACGAAGGAGCUGUUGCUGGCGGGAGACCCGGCCGUGGGGGCGGAAGUGAAGGUCUUGCACAUCCCGCUGAUGACCACCCCGCAAGAUCCGCAGGGCACUGGAGCCCUGACGCUUAUCGAGUAUUUCCAGAUCCCCUUUCCCAGGGUGGGCCGAAAAUCGGUGAUAAACGUCACUGCCUGGGCUCGGGGGGAUUUCUCGAAGCGUUGGGACAGGACUUGA